AAGGAAAUAGACAGGAGACAACAAAAACAUUUCAUACACAACCCCUCCAAAAAAAAAAAGAAGGAAAGAAAGGCUAAACAUUUUCCCUUUCUUUUUCUUUUCUUCCUCCAUUCUCCUCCCCUUUUCCCUCAUCAAAAACCUUGUUUCUCACUCUUCUCCCUUUCUCUCUCAUCCUCUCCAAUCAAAACCCACCCCCUCUGAAAGGUGCUUGUGUUUUGCUGUAUUACAUUUUCAGAGAAACCCCAUCAAUGGAAAUCACUUCAUCUUCAACCUCGACAACAAGAUCAUCCCAUGAAAGAGAAAGAAACCCUUCUCCUAAUACUUCCCCAAACAGUACAACCAUCAAUUCAAAUCCUCCUCCUCCUCCUCCUCCUAAGCUUCUCCCCAGAUCUGAUUCAAACCCUUAUCCCACCACUUUUGUUCAAGCUGAUACCUCCAAUUUCAAGCACGUCGUUCAAAUGCUCACCGGCUCAUCGGAGUCUCCCCGCCCACCGCACCACCCACCAACGCCGUCUUCCUCAAAGCCCUGUUCGAUUCCUCCCUCUCCUUCUCCUUCUCAAGACCCCUUUCAAUCCUCCAAAAACUUCCCGAUUCCUCCCAUCAAAACCGCCCCCAAGAAACAGCAGAGUUUCAAGCUCUAUGAAAGAAGGAAUCACCUCAAGAAUAGUCUCAUGAUCAAUACCCUAAUCCCCAAUUUCUCCGGUUCCGGUGCGGCGGCAGGUUUUUCUCCUCGUAACGUUGAUAUUCUCUCUCCCAGUAUCCUCGAUUUCCCUUCCCUUGCUCUCAGCCCUGUUACGCCCUUGAACGAUGACCCCUUGUUCGACAAAUCGUCAUCCUCGCCGUCGCUUGGGAGCUCGUCCGAGGAGGAGAGAGCGAUUGCUGAAAAGGGGUUUUACUUGCAUCCAUCGCCGAUGAAUACCCCCAGAGCCGCCGACCCGCCGCAGCUUCUUUCUCUGUUCCCGGAAACGUCGCCUAGGGUUUCUGGAUCCUCGUCUUCUUCGUAACGAAAUCGAGGGUUUGUUUAUUUGGUUUGGUUGUGUAGAGAUUUGUAACUUUUGAUUGAUUUUUCCUUCCCAAAGAAAGAUGAUCGUCGAUCAAUUAACUGGGUUUGGGUUUGAUGAACUGAUUCUCUGAGAUUGAAAAGGAAAAGUUACGCAGAGAAGAGAGAGAUCUUAGUUCCGAAUUUCACUGUACAAUUUGAUGAGAAAUCCAUUGGAAAUGGUAAACCCCUUUCUUCGUGAACUUCGAUUUUA